CUUCAUUAUAUUACAGGGACUACGUUAUAGUCUCAAAAUAGAGAACAGGAAAAGAAAGUGGGGCCCAAGAAAAAUGUCUAAAAAGACCUCGAAACCUGGUUGGCGGAAGUUGCCAUUUUUUUUUUAUUCUGGGGAGUCCAAUACAACCAGAGAGUAAGGCCUUUACUGGCUGCAAGGUUCCAUUGAAAUGGAAAGGAGCCGGAAGCUGAUUCCUCAGCUUCUGCUGAUUGCUUGCUUUGUCUUUCAGAUCUGCGCUAGUUAUGAUGAUGUGAUGUUUUACGAGCCAUUUGAUGAAUCUUUUGAAGGAAAGUGGAUUGUCUCUGAGAAAGAUUACUAUCAAGGUGUCUGGAAGCUCUCGAAAAGCGAGGGACACGAUGAUUAUGGACUUCUUGUCAGUGAGAAGGCCAAAGGGUAUGCCAUUGUGAAAGAGCUAGACAGUGUAUUUAGUCUCAAUGAUGGAACAGUAGUCCUACAGUUUGAGGUUCGGCUGCAAAAUGGACUUGAGUGUGGUGGUGCCUACUUGAAGAACCUCCGUCCCCAGGAGGUUGGAUGGAAACCCAAGGACUUCGAUAAUGAGUCUCCUUACUCCAUAAUGUUUGGACCUUACAAGUGUGGCUCCACCAACAAGGUUCACUUCAUCUUCAAACUCAAGAACCCCAAGAGUGGGGAGUCUGUAGAGUACCAUCUCAAGCACCCCCCUUCAGUGCCAUCUGACAAAUUCUCCCAUGUCUAUACUGCAAUAUUGAAACCAGAUAAUGAAUUGAAGAUUAUAAUAGAUGGAGAGGAGAAGAAGAAGGUAAAUUUCCUAUCUGCAGAAGAUUUUGAGCCUGCUCUUAUUCCACCCAAGACAAUUCCUGAUCCAGAUGACAGGAAACCAGAGGACUGGGACGAGCGGGCAAAGAUUCCAGAUCCAGAUGCAGUGAAGCCAGAUGAUUGGGAUGAGGAUGCACCAAUGGAAAUAGAAGACAAGGAUGCCGUGAAACCAGAAGGGUGGUUGGAUGACGAGCCUGAGGAAAUUGAUGAUCCUGAUGCUUUAAAGCCUGGAGAGUGGGAUGAGGAGGAGGAUGGUGAAUGGGAGCCACCAAAAAAUGACAAUCCUAAGUGUGAGCUAGCACCUGGCUGUGGUGAGUGGAAGAGACCGAUGAAGAGAAAUCCUGCUUAUAAGGGAAAAUGGCAUGCUCCUCUAAUUGACAACCCAAAUUAUAAGGGUAUAUGGAAACCUCAAGAGAUCCCAAACCCUGCUUACUUUGAGCUUGAGAAACCUGAUUUUGAGCCUAUUGCUGCAAUUGGUAUUGAGAUUUGGACCAUGCAGGAUGGCAUACUCUUUGACAAAAUUCUGAUAGCUAGUGAUGAGAAGGUCGCAGACAUAUACAGAGAAACAACAUGGAAACCGAAGUUCGAAGUUUAGAAAGAGAAGCUGAAGGCUGAAGAAGCAACUGCUGGACAUGGGAUCUCCAGCUUCAAAAAGAAGAUUUUUAACCUUCUCUACAAGAUAGGGGACAUUCCUUUCUUAGGUGCCUAUAAGCCUAAGAUCAUCGACCUCAUUGAACAGGGAGAAAAACAGCCCAAUAUAACUAUUGGCAUCCUUGCUUCCAUUGUGAUUGUUAUUUUCACAAUUUUCUAUAGAAUACUAUUUGGUGGCAGAAGGCCAGUGGUUGCCCCGAAACAAGCAGUGCUGAUGCUGCUGUGACUUCAAUCAACCAAGGAAGCAGUAGAGAGAGGGAACGUGAGGAUGAGAAUGAGGAUGAAGAUGCUGCCGUGCCUCCUCGUAGGAGGGCUACAAGAAGGGAAACUUGAAGUAGGCAUUUGUGUAUAUAGAUAGGCCUACUCUUUGUUUCUAAUCCUAGAUUGCUUUCUAAAUGACAUCUUCGAGCUGCAGAAUUAGUUUACAAAUGGUGCUAUCAUGUUCAUCUUUAUGUUUGAAUCGCAUGGUGAUGUAAUUUUAACUGUAAGAAGUGAUAUGAUUUCUUAAUCCAAACUCGUGCAGCUUUUGCCAUUCUAUA